AUCUCAACCCCGCCCCGCACUUUGUAAUAUAAAAAUAGAGAAACCUCUGAUCAAGAGUACGCUCGCUAUGUUCAGAAGUACGUUCAAUUCGCUAAAGCCUCUUAUUAGGUGCCAAUAUCGAGCGAUCGCCAUGACGACAAAUACAUCCUUGUACAAGAUGAACCAUACCAUGUACAUUUCUCCUACUUUCCCUGUGUUGUAUGCUGCAGCUGCUGAUAGGGGGGUUUUCUAGGCUUCGGGUGAAAGAUCCUAAGAGGAGCGGUCAGCACUGGUGCCUCUCUCCGUAAUAUACGGAAUUCGGGCGCUGAUAAAAUACCGAAUAGUGGAAUACUACCAAAACAACUUUGGCAUGAAGCUCAUACGCAAGCUGGACUUUGAAGAGGUCAAGUUUUCCCUCUACUUCCUCGCCUUCGAUAGCCCGGGCGCGGAGAGCGCUGGCAGGCAGUGGACGGAUCGGGAGGGGCUUUUGGAGCUUACACAUAAUUGUAACGUUCUAUUCUGGGGUUUCUGAGGUUGCGCUUGGGGGGCUGGCUGACUGGUGGCUGAUGGUGGAAUAGAUGGGACGGAGGAUGACGACAAUUACAAAGUCAAUAAUGGGAAUGUGGAGCCACAUAAAGAUAUGUUUUCUCCCUUAUUGAUUGCUUGAUUUGGUUGGUUGACUGGUGUUUGGGUGUAAGGUUCGGACAUAUGUAAGCUUCGCGCACCUUGCCCAAGUCUUGGUGUGCGGUUGAGCUAACUCAACGGACAGCUGCAUCUCCGUCGACCACAUCGAGAAAGCUUGCGAGAGACUCGAAUCUAACAACAUCCCCUUCCAAAAACGGCUCUCGGACGGGGGCAUGAAGCAUAUUGCCUUCGCGCUGGACCCGGACGGGUACUGGGUCGAGAUCAUUGGCCAAAAGCGAUCUGACCCCUCAUCUACCUUCACCAAGCUGGACGUCUACCGCUUCAACCACACGAUGCUCCGGGUGAAGGACGUGGAAAAGUCCAUGCAAUUCUACCGUUCUGUGCUGGGGAUGUGUCUCCUUAGGACGAUCGAGCAGCCCAAGGCUGGAUUCAAUCUUUACUUUUUGGGCUAUAGGCGGGAAGGAGAGGAGGGGGGUCAUACGGGCGAGGGGAAUCCCUUGGCGGAUAGGGAGGGGCUUGUGGAGCUUACAUGGAAUUAUGGCACCGAGAAGGAGGAGGGGUUCAAGUAUCAUAAUGGGAAUGAGGAACCGCAAGGGUUUGGGGUUUGUUCUCCCUUUUUGCCGUUUGUCGGGGGGGCAGGGAUGAGGGCUAAAGUGAGAGGCAGCAUAUUUGCAUCUCUGUUGACGACCUCGACGCCGCCUGCUCUAGAUUCGAAGACUUGAGAGUGAAUUGGAAGAAAAGACUUACGGACGGGAGGAUGAAGAACGUGGCGUUUAUUCUGGAUCCGGAUGACUAUUGGAUCGAGUAAGUCUCCUUCUCCCUCCUAAGUCCGGUUUUACUGAUCAGCCCACAGAGUCAUCCAAAACGAAGGCAUCAAAUCCAGAGCGUCUUGGUAAGUCUAGUCGCGGGGUGCCCUUACUCAAUCAAUCGGUUCUUGUGUUAGCUAGUUGAUCAGUUGGUCGAUUAUGGCAGUGAGAUUGAUAUGCCAUGA